AUGACUGACUUAGGGGAAAUGUCUUAUUUCCUUGGUAUGGAGAUCAGUCAAACUCAAUAUGGAAUCUUUGUUAGCCAACAGAAAUAUGCUAAUGAAGUCUUGAAAAAGUUCAAUAUGGACAAAUGCAAACCAAUGGAUACUCCAUUGGUUGCAAACCUGAAGCUGAGCAAAGAUGAUGGGGCUGUGAAGGUUGAUAAGGGAAUUUACAGUAGCCUGAUAGGGUGUUUGCUGUAUUUGACAACAACCAGGCCUGACUUAAUGUUUGCAACAAGCCUCCUCUCCAAGUUUAUGAGCAACCCGAGUGAAAUCCACUUCAUGGCAACCAAGAGAGUGAUGAGCUUGUUAGAUACUCUGACAGUGACUGGGCUAGAUCCAUUGAUGAAUGAGGAGUACUUCUAG